AUGGACGGAACUGCCACCCCAACACAUACCGUCAUGACAGAGACGCUCACAGAUUACACCGAUUCUGUUCCCUACCCUGGCGCUCAAUUCAUCAUUCGCCAGCGCGACACGAACAAAGUCAUCACUCUCGUCUGUGGUACUCUCAAGCUUGUCGAUGGUCUGAACCCCAAGGGCGGUUACCACUGGGAAUGUAUCGAGAAAGACAGAUGGCUCGGUUUCCGCAACUGCGUGUCGGGGACCAUUAUCGGCCACAACAACAGCAAGAAGUUUGUUGCAAGAGCAGAAAAGCACCAGUCAUACGAAUACAUCACACUCCGACCAAACCCUCAAGGCGGUUAUGAGCUUAUGACCAAGCACAACCACGAUGAGCUAUGGAGCAUGAACGUGGCAGCUGAUGAAGAAUCACUGAUUGAGACCAAAGGACAAGGCGCCUUGUGGGACUUUCUCAAAGUCUAG